AUGGAAGUUAACACAAAAGUCACAGAGGUCACAGAGGUCACGGAAGACACGGGAGUCACGCGAGUCACGGGAGUCACGCGAGUCACGGAAGUCACGGAAGUCACAGAGGUUGUUACAACAGAACAACUCCUCAGCACAGAAACCAACACAAACAACACAGAAAUCGAAGAUUCACUAGAAGACGAAAUCGACGAAAUAAUCAUGCGUCCAGACGUGAUCCCGAGAAAGCUCUGGGAGCACCCGGACCCGGAGAGCACGCCUAUGUGGCAGUUCUUGCAGAAUGUUAACAAGAGACAUGGGCUUAACUUGAAGACCUUCCCAGAACUCCACGAAUACUCCCUCCAAAACCGCUCCCAGUUCUGGGCAGACGUGUGGGAAGAAGCCAACUACAUCCACGAAGGCACCUACAGCCGUGUAGUUGACGAAUCCGCCCCCAUCGACGCCGUCCCCAUCUGGUUCGAGGGCGUCAAACUCAGCUACGCCGAGAACGUGCUCUACUCCCGACCCAAGGGCAGCAGCAACUCUUCGCGCUCCACCGUAGGAAAAGAGGAUGACAAGGUAGCCGUGACCGAGGUGCGCGAAGGCGCCAGCGAAACACGCAAUGCCACCUACGGCGAGCUCCGCGAGCGAGCAGGCCGACUAGCCGCCGCGAUGAAGGCGCGCGGCGUCAAGAAGGGCGACGUCGUGGUGAUCGUAGGUGCCAACAGCAUCGACACCCUUUUGGUCUGGCUGGCCACCUCCUGGCUGGGCGCCAUCUUCAGCAGCAGCUCGACCGACAUGGGCACCAAGGGCAUCCUGCAGCGGACGGUGCAAGUCAACCCCAAGCUGAUGUUCAUGGACGACGCGGCUCUUUACAACGGCAAGAUCGUCGAUCUCCGUUCCAAGAUGGCCGAGGUGGUCGAGGGACUGAAAGACUGCACCAACUUUGACAACAUCGUCUCCAUCCGCCGCUUCGCUGAAGCCCGCGACAUCUCGGCCGUUCCGAAGGCCAUCACCAUGGACGAAUUCCUCUCCUCCGGCUCUGGGACUCCAUUCCCGGACUUCGUCCGCAUCCCCUUCCACGAACCCUACCUAAUCUGCUACUCCUCCGGCACGACGGGUACUCCAAAAGCCAUCGUCCACUCCCUGGGCGGCGUAAUGAUCUCCUACUUCAAAGAAGGCAGCUUACACGAAGGGCUCACCGGCUCCGACGUCACCUUGCAAUACACCACCACGGGCUGGAUCAUGUACCUCGCCAACGUAGCCAUCCUACUCUACGGCGGCAAAACCAUCAUCUACGACGGCUCCCCUUUCAAGCCCGACUCCUCCAUUCUCGUGCACCUCGCGGCCCAACACCGCGUCACCAAGCUCGGCAUCUCCCCGCGCUGGAUGUUCGAGUUCGCCAAGAACGGCCAGUCCCCGCGCGAAAUGGCCGACCUGUCAAGCCUGCGCAUCGUCACUUGCACGGGCAUGGUCCUUUCCGACCAGUUAUUCGAGUGGUUCUACGACGCCGGCUUUCCGCCCUCUGUGCAACUCGGCAACAUUUCCGGCGGGACAGACAUAGCCGGCUGUUUCGGCAUCUGCAAUCCGCUUACACCCGUCUACGUCGGCGGAACCCAGGGUCCUUCCCUCGGCGUCGCAGUAGAAAUCUACGAUUCUCUCGUAGGCGACGGCGAACCAGGCCGUCCCGUACCAGAAGGCCACGCAGGCGAAUUAGUAGCCACCACGGCCUUCCCCAACGUCCCUUGCUUCUUCUGGUCCGACCCCAUCCCUUCUGGCCAAACCAGCCCCGCCAGCCCAGGGACAAGAUACCACGCCGCUUACUUCGCGCGCUUCCCGCACGUGUGGGCGCACGGCGACUUUUGCGUGAUUCACCCGACCACGCGCGCGUUGCACUUGUUGGGGCGCGCAGACGGCGUGUUGAAUCCCAGCGGUGUGCGGUUCGGGUCAGCGGAGAUUUACAAUGUCAUUGAGCGAAGGUUUGCGGACAGAGUGCAGGAUAGUCUGUGCGUGGGGCAGCGAAGACCGAAGGAUCACGAUGAGAGCGUCAUGUUGUUUUUGCUGAUGAAGCCUGGAAAUAACUUGGAUGCAAGGUUGGUGAGGGAGGUCAAGCAGGCGAUUGCGGCGGAUUUGAGCAAGAGACAUGUGCCCAAGUGGGUUUUUGAGACGCCUGAGAUUCCGACAACGAUCAACCUCAAGAAGGUUGAAUUACCUGUUAAGCACAUUGUGUGCGGCCGCAAGGUCAAGGCGAGCGGGACGCUGGCUAAUCCACAGAGUCUGGACUUUUACUACCAGUUUGCGAAGGUGGAAGAGCUGGUCAAUCCUCAUCCCAACCUUUAA